CGAGAGGAGAGACAGAUCGAUCGGUCACUGGUGAGUCUCUGUUGUUCGUUCAAUCAAAUCUUUGUCAACACAAAUUAGAAUUCCGAUUGGAUGAUGAAUUCCGAUGUCAAGGAAGAUUUCCUGGAUUGUAUAUUGCGGCUAGAGGAUACACACAUACGACAAGGCUUCGACGAGGGUUACGAAGCGGGUCUUGUGUCGGGUCGGGAAGACGCUCGUCAUCUGGGUCUGAAACUUGGUUUCGAGACAGGCGAGCUGCUCGGAUUCUACAAGGGCUGCUCUUCUCUCUGGGAUUCUUCUGCUCUCCGUCUUGACUUGUCUCCUCAGCUCCACAAGCAUCUCAAUGAUUUCCGAGCCUUGCUAGACAAGUUCCCGCUCUUGGAUCCCGAGGACGAGUCCAAAGACGAGCUCAAGGAUGAUCUCAGGGUCAAAUUCAACAUCAUAUGCGCAUCUCUCGGCAUUUCCAAGAAACAAUUGGUGUACAAGGGAUACCCAAACCCGUCCAGCAAUCUCGACUUCUAAUAUCACUACAUUCUGUUCGUGGUCGGAGGAGAUGUUGAGGAGAGAAAUGCUUGGUUGUUGCAAGGUUUACAUAUCUGAAGCUCGGAAUAAGACUGCUCUUGAAGCCAUUGAGAGAGCUGCAAAGCCUUUUCCACCAGCUGCAAUCGUCAACAAGUUUGAAGACCUUGCUUACGGCAGGGUUGGUUACACUCUUGUAUCCACGCUGGCUCACGGUGGUUCAUCUUCUCCCCUCAAGAAUGCCGUCUUUGCAAUGGUCAAGACUGCUCUCGACACAAUCAACCUCGACUUGCAUCGUGGAUCCCAUCCCCGGCUUGGAGUGGUCGACCACAUAUGCUUUCACCCCUUGUCUCACACCUCCAUUGAGCAAGUUUCUGCCGUUGCCAAUGCCCUGGCUAUGGAUAUCGGUUCCAUUCUCCGAGUUCCUACAUAUCUAUAUGGAGCAGCACAAGAAGAGCAGUGCACGCUGGAUUCGAUAAGAAGGAAGCUCGGGUACUUCAAGGCGAACAGGGAGGGACAUGAAUGGGCAGGUGGGUUGGAGCUGGAUGUGCUCCCUGUGAAGCCAGACGCAGGGCCACACGAGGUGAGCAAAGCCAAAGGGGUUGUAGCAAUUGGGGCUUGCGGGUGGGUAAGUAACUAUAACGUGCCAGUCAUGUCAACCGAUCUCAAAGCAGUGAGGAGAAUGGCGAGGAAGACGAGCGAGAGAGGAGGGGGCUUGGCUUCGGUGCAGACAAUGGCGCUGGUGCAUGGGGAAAGAGUCAUAGAGGUCGCCUGUAACUUGUUGAAUCCAAGCGAGGUAGGAGGAGAUGAAGUCCAGGGACUGAUCGAGAGGCUUGGCAGCGAGGAAGGUCUGCCUGUAGGAAAAGGGUAUUAUACGGACUAUACAGCCGACCAGAUCGCACAAAGAUACAAGGACUUGCUCAUCCACUCAUAAUACAUAUAAGUUGUUUGUGUCAAUCUUUCUUUAAAUUAUGACUGUUCAAAAGUGAAAAACAUUAUGAUGUUGUCAUUCUUGGAACGUAUUAUUACUGACAUCCAAAUCCAUCAUUCAUCA